AUGGAUGAGGAAAUUGACGAUGAAAGGAAAGCUCGCAUCAACCGAUAUGGUGCUGCAGAUCGUGAUCCAGCCGUCAGAAGAAUCAGGCACGAACUAGGUUCUCGUUUGGAUACUUAUGUGGAGGCAGAGGCAUUCCUUGAAGCCAAACAAGAAGGAAGAUUACCGUUCUUCAGAGAAAAAUCCCAUCUUACUGCGAUGCAAGAAGGAAAAGAUUUGGAACUGACAUGCCUAGCUGUGGGUGAUCCUCAACCAAUAGUUCAAUGGUUCAAGAACGACGCGAUCAUAGCCGAAUCCCACCGAAUAAAAAUCACGACGGACGAGGACGGCAGGUCCCACUUCCGGCUCACCCCCGCCCUGUCCUUCGACCAAGGACUGUACAAGGUGGUCGCUCGGAACAAGAUCGGCCAGACCAUCGCCCGGACUCGAAUCGUGCUGGGCCUGGUGCCGGACGAACCGGACAGUCCCGAGGCGUCGCAGAUCUCCGACGACGAGAUCUUGCUGACGUUGGAAUAUAAACUGGCAGACGACUCGGAAUGGGUGAAGAAAGCGGACAACAUCGACCACGAAUUCUAUCUGGUCAACGGUUUGGAGUCGAACAAAAGUUACAUAUUCAGAUUGGCGGCGAAAAAUUCCAUCGGAUGGAGCGACGCCGGGGUGCCUUCGGCUCCCAUAAUGACCAAGCCAUCAGGUACUCCGAAAAUACAACUAAGCAAGGCGAUGAGGCACCUUCAGCAGAUCACCGAUAGCGGCAGACUGGCCGAAGAAGAAACCAACAUCCAGGGAAGAUUCUCGUUGGUAUUGAAGGCUGUGGACAAGAAGAACGAUAGCGUAGUGGUGGCGAAAAUCCUGGAAUACAACGAGAGCAGGAAAGAAGACGUCGACGGCGAAUUCGCUGCUCUGAGGUCGCUGAGGCACGAAAGAAUCGCCAGUCUUUUGUCCGCUUACCGCGUUAACGACACGGCUGUCUUCGUUCUGGAAAAGCUACAGGGCGCUGACAUUCUGACGUACCUGUCGAACAAACACGAGUACACCGAACAGACUGUCGCCACGAUUGUCAGCCAGCCCUGA